UUUCAUCUUAUGAGAACACUUGAAGCAGAGGAGCCAUGAGCACCACCAGUACCAUAACAGGAUGUGCCGAAUGGAAGCAGUUUUAUGAACAGGGGGCUUUUGAUGGCGUGGGCGCAGCUUCAUUCCCUGACGCCACCAGGGUCACUGCAAGUCUCAUGACUUCCGAUGGCAACCUCAGCCCUGGCAGUUCAUCUCCGGUGAACUCGAAAAGGAGGAGAUCCAGGGCUUCCAAGAGGGCACCGACCACCCUCCUGAAUGCCGACACUAGCAAUUUCCGAGCCCUGGUGCAUCAAUUCACAGGUUGUCCUAGCAGACCCCUGUCCCAGAGAGGCCCAGUUAACUUGAAUUUUGCUGUGGGGAAUGAAGAACGUAUUCAGACUAAUGUUUCUUCUGCUUCCACAAUGCCAAUAUUUGGUACCAACUACUACUUUCAACACCCUAACCAGCCACAGCCCCCGCAACAGCAACAGCAUCAUAUGUUUCAGAAUCAACAAAAUGAUGUCCCUUAUCACGGUACAAAUACAGAUAUUCCAAAUGGGUUUGAUGCUUUUGAUGCUGUUUCUGUGCAAGACUUUCGUGCGUACCCUUAUUCCAGUGGGCACAGGAAUGAUGGUUACUUCUCGUAAGGAUUACCAAUGCUCUUUUUGUUCUUUAUCAUCUAAAAUUUAGGAAUUAGAACUUAGAAGUGAAUGUCCUACCACCUGUAAGUCUUAUUCUAUGUAAUUUUACAAAGUUCAUUCAAUCAAGAGAUAUCAUGACA